AAGAAAGUCAAACUCCCAAACAGGACCGAGAGAAAGAAGAGUGCGAGAGCAGAGAACCAUCCGCCUUACAGCAGUACAACUCUGCGGACACCCCGAAGACAUCUGCAUUCUCCAGCUAUAACACUUACCUGCGAGAAGAGUUUACGGUGGAUGUAAGAGUUCGCGCAGAGGCAGCUGAAAUGUGCAGAGGAACAGUGAAAGAACAGCACGGAUGCCAGCACAACUUCAUACAGCUCAUCGUGCUGCUCGUAGUCAACUGCGGGGCUGAGAAUCUUCCAGACAAGAACGUGGUGGCCACCUCCAGUUGGAACAUGUCCAGCAGAACUGAAAGAGAUCUCUUCCUGAGGCUGGAUGCUCCCAUGAAUAACAUCACUACCUCCCUUGGUCAGACAGCUGAGUUACACUGCCAUGUUUCAGGGAACCCACCACCCACUGUGCGCUGGCUUAAGAACGAUGCCCCAGUGGUCCAGGAGCCGAGGCGUGUCUCUUUCAGGCCCACUCUGUAUGGCUCACGUCUGAGAAUCCGAAACCUGGACACCACAGACACCGGCUACUUUCAGUGUGUGGCUACCAGCACCUACGGCACAGUAUCUACCACAGGAAUUCUGUUUGUGAAGUUUGAUCCGGCACCCACCCCCUUGUCUGGAAGGCCUUUACCAGAGGAUUUUGAUGAGGAAGGUUUCUGCCAGCCAUACAGAGGGAUUGCUUGUGCUCGAUUCAUAGGAAACAGGAGCAUCUUCGUGGACUCACUGCAGAUGCAGGGCGAGAUAGAGACCCAGAUCACAGCUGCAUUUACCAUGAUUGGCACCUCCAAUCACCUAUCAGAUCGCUGCUCCCAGUUCGCUAUCCCCUCCCUCUGUCACUUUGCCUUCCCGACAUGUGACCGCAGCUCUGGCAUAGAUAAACCACGGGACUUGUGCAAGGAUGAGUGUGAGAUUCUGGAGAAUGAUCUGUGUAAGACAGAGUACAUAAUUGCUCGCUCCAACCCCCUCAUCCUUAAACGUCUCAAACUGCCCAACUGUGAAGACCUGGUCGCUUCAGACAGCCCUGAGGCCGCAAACUGCAUGAGAAUAGGCAUUCCAAUUGCUGAGACUAUAAACAAAGGCCAUAAAUGUUAUAACAGCAGUGGUUCAGACUAUCGCGGCACGGUCAGCGUGACUAAAUCUGGUCGUCAGUGUCAGCCAUGGAACUCACAGUAUCCCCAUAGCCACACCUUUCUGGCCAUGCGCUACCUGGAGCUUAACGGGGGACACUCCUACUGUCGCAACCCUGGCAACAAAUAUGAUGCUCCCUGGUGCUUUACCCUGGACGAAGGUGUACGCAUGGAACUCUGCGAUAUCCCUCCAUGUGACUUACCAAAGCAUGGCAGCAACAGCAUGGGGAUCCUGUACAUCCUGGUACCAAGUGUGGCAAUACCACUGGCCAUUGCCCUGCUGUUCUUCUUCAUCUGUGUGUGUCGGAACAACCAGAAAGCCUUGCGUCCACCUGCCCCACGCCAGCCUAAACCUGUACGCGGCCAGAACGUGGAGAUGUCCAUGCUCACGGCCUACACACCAAAGAGCAAAGCCAAAGAGCUUCCUCUGUCUGCAGUGCGUUUCAUGGAGGAGUUGGGUGAGAGUGGCUUUGGUAAGAUCUACAAAGGUCACCUGUACCUUCCAGGCAUGGAGCACGCUCAACUAGUGGCCAUCAAGACAAUUAAAGACAUCUUGAGUGCACAAAACUGGGGGGAAUUCCAACAGGAAGCAUCUGUCCUUGCUGAACUUCAUCACCCCAAUGUGGUUUGUCUGCUGGGCGUUGUGACCCAGGAACAGCCCAUCUGCAUGCUCUUUGAGUUCCUGGCCCAGGGCGACCUCCAUGAGUUCCUCAUUAUGCGCUCACCCCAUUCAGAUGUGGGAUGUAGCAGCGAUGAAGAUGGUACCAUUAAGUCCAGCCUUGAUCAUGGAGACUUUCUGCACCUGGCCAUUCAGGUAGCUGCUGGAAUGGAGUACCUGGCGAGCCAUUUUUUCGUCCACAAAGACCUUGCAGCAAGAAACAUCCUGGUUGGUGAGCAACUUCACGUCAAGAUUUCUGAUCUGGGAUUGUCGAGAGAGAUCUACUCUUCAGAUUAUUACCGGGUCCAGCCCAAAAUGCUUCUUCCUAUUCGUUGGAUGCCACUAGAGUCUAUCGUCUAUGGAAAGUUCACGACAGACUCUGACAUUUGGGCAUUUGGUGUUGUUCUGUGGGAGAUCUUCAGCUUUGGCUUACAGCCCUAUUACGGUUUCAGCAACCAGGAGGUGAUGGAGAUGGUGAGGAAGAGACAGCUGUUGCCCUGCCCUGAGGACUGCCCUCCUCGCAUGUACGCAUUGAUGACCGAGUGCUGGCAGGAGGGUCCUGCUCGGCGGCCAAGAUUUAAAGACAUCCACUCCCGUCUGCGGGCUUGGGAGGGCCUGUCCUCCCACGCCAGCUCCAGCACUCCAUCUGGAGGGAACGCUACCACCCAGACUACCUCCCUGAGCGCCAGUCCCGUCAGCAACCUCAGUAGCCCACGCUACGCCGGCUACAUCUAUGGAGCUCCACCGAGUCUCCAACCAGGACAAAUUGGAGGCUUCAUGGCAGCACCCAUAGCACAAAACCAGCGAUUCAUACCUGUGAACGGAUAUCCCAUCCCGCCAGGCUAUGCUGCCUUCCCCGCCGCCCACUUUGCCCCAUCCCAGGCCCCUCCGCAGGUAGUGCAACACUGUCCUCCUCCAAAAAGCCGGUCACCCAGCAGUGCCAGUGGCUCCACCAGCACAGGUCAUGUGACCAGUGUCCCAUCCACAGGCUCAAAUCAUGACGCCAACACACCCUUGCUCUCUCAUUGCGUUACUCUGACGCCCAUGACAGCUGUGCAGGGCAGCACAGUUUUUGGACAUAUGGCGCAGAAGGCCUUGCAGAUUGACCCAUCUCAGGCAGCACUGCUGGCUGAAACUAACAGACUGAUGUAUAGUGAAUCUGUUAUCACUGCAGAUUUGUGAAUACGUUUUUACCUGUAUAUGAAUAAUUAUUGAUAUUUUAAUGUUUUUUUGUUUCUCCUUGUAAAUAUGAAAUAGUCUGAACAAAACGUGAAAGUUUAUAUUUUAAUGUUUUUAUAUAAAUGUCUUUGAAAAGUAUGGAAACUCUUUUCAUCUUUUAAAUACAUCACAUUACAGGAAUAGUUCAGCCAAAAAUGAAAAUUUUGUCAUUUCUCACCCAUAUGCUGUUCCAAACACAUAUUACACACUUUUUUUACAUGGAACAUGAAAGCUGGUGUUAGGCACAAUGUUAGUCUCAUUGUGUGAAAAAAAGAUGCAAUGAAAGUUAAUGGUGACUGAGACGAGCAUACUGCCUAGCAUCUCCUUUAGUGUUCCACGGAAGAAAGGAAGUCAUACAAGUUUGCAAUAAUAUGGGGUGAAAAGGAUGACAGAAUUUUAAUUCCUGGGUGAACUUUCCCUUUAAUACAAUAUAAAAGCUGAAACAUAUUCUCUGUGAAGGUUCGUGCCGCUGGCUGUGUCAGAAUUGUCUUUCAUGUAAAUUUAAUGUUUGGCAGAAUAGACUGCACCUUAAAAAGGAGUGAAAUUAUGCCCUGUUUUGGUUUUCUGCCUCUAAUGCAGUUACUUCAAAAAGACUGUCCUUCUUCACUCACUGACGACUUAAAUUCUUCCAUGAAGGCUUCAGACUGACAAUAUAUAAGAUGUUGUUCUCUGUCAAGUCAUUGCAAGAAGUCUUUAUUGGAUGUAUUAUUAUUGAUGUUGCAUUGACAUCUUUAGAAGACUUUCCAGAACUAUGGAAUACAACUUUUCACCAAUGCCUUACAACUUUUGCAUACAAUGGCACUUUUGGACACUUAAAUCACAAAUAAAAAUGUAUGAAUGCUUUAGAAACCAACUAUUAAGCCAAGUGGCAUCUGCAAACAAAUGAUGACAGACCUUUUCUUAGAACUAACUUUCUUUUAACCCAGUGGUUCUCAAACUGGUCCUGGAGACCCUCAACACUACACAUUUUGUAUGUCUUCUCAAUCAAACACACCUGAUUCAACUCAUCAGCUCAUUUGUGGAGACUCCAAGACUUAAAUUCGGUCUCAGAAAAGGUUGACAUGCAAAAUGUUUGAGAACCACUGCUUUAACCAACUGGUCUAAAGGUGAUUUUUAGUCGAAGUUCCCUUCAAGAUUGUGUAUUUUUGCUAUAUUUUUUUAAAUAAAUGGUUUGGUUAAUAUUGGAGAUCGGCCGAUAUAGGUUUUUAAUGACCAACAUGAUACUCACUAUUUAUGUGAUUAUCUGUCCGAUAAGCAAUAUGCAUAACCAAUUUUUCAUUGUUUUAUUUCUAGUUUUAUGCACAAUAUCUACUUAAUCAUUUAUCACUAACCUCUGAAAGAGAACUGCUUUACAAAACUACCAGUAAUUUUGUGUACAAAGUAAUGUUGUGUUUAAAAAUUAUUAAUUUAACUAUAUUUAGUUGCAAUAUUCACUUGUGCCUCACUUAAUGAAUAUUUAAGAUUUAAAGUCUUUUGUGUCUAACUUUAUCUGUUAACCUGAUAUCAAAGAACCAAUUAAGUGGAAAAGUGUAAAUAUCAGCAAAAAAUAUCAGUCAAACCGAUUAUCGGUCUAUCUCUAGUUAAUAUUUUGCUCAUUUUAUUUGAGGCCACAGCAUAUCAAAAUGCCUUAACCAGAGAAAUAUUAUCAUGUCCCUAUAAUUUUGACCACCAUAUGUGCCUGCAUUUAAUUAUAAAUAAUUUAGGCAUACAGUAUGUACACGUGGAAGAUAUUUUGUUCUGUGACAGUCUUGGUCUAUUACUGUGGGGUUACUGAAAUUUUUUCAACACACAAGAUUCCUCACAUUUGCAUAAUUAUUUCUUGUCAUUGAAUGUUGCCUGUGAGGCCAUAAUACAGCUUACCUACUGACAUGUCAGAAACACAUUCAGUCUAAAAAUUACAUGUAUUAUUUUCAUUCCCAUCUGAUUUAGUCAUCAACAUAUCAGAUCACUUUUGUCUGGCAAAGCACAGGCCUAUGUCAAUGCAAUUAUAAAGGAUGCAGACCCUGAUAUAGCACUCACUACCUGUAGAAUGUAAUGUCUUAAAAUUCCUCUAGAGGUCAGUGUCACUCUAUGGCUUUGAAUGAAGUUCUUUAUAUUUUUCCCAUAUGGAUUUCCAUGGUAAUACUGAAUGUGCCAGCUAUUCAGAUUUUGUUUGAUGUUUGUUUACUUCACAAUGUGUGUUUUGUAGUUUGUUUUGACUCUCAGAAUUUUACAGAAACAUGAAUGAAAUAGAUUUGAUCGUUUUAUUAGCAAGCAGCUAUAUAUGUCAUGUUCAUUUUCAUUGUGGUUUGUUGCUAUGCAACUGUUUAAUUCAGACACCCAUCUUUUAUGCAGGGUACAGUGUUUGUGAAGACAUGAUUGCUUGUGACUUAUGAAAUGGCUUGCGGACAAUUUCAUGAUGUAUGUCAUUUUAUGAACAGACGUUAUGCAUAGAAAACGUCUUGGUUACUGACGUAACCUCCGUUCCCUGAUGGAGGGAACGAGACGUUGUGUCGAUGAGUUGACACUAGGGGUCGCUCCUGUGGAGCCCAGUCAUCUCUGAUCUUGAGAAAAGGCCAAUGAGAAUUGGCGUGUGGAAUUUGUAUGCCACUCCCCUGGACAUAUGGGUAUAAAAGGAGUGACGCAGCAUAUCCACAUCAGGUAUCGCCCUGAGGAGCCGAGCCAAAGACCCGGCGCUUUCAGCGGUUGGUUCAGUGUUGUGGCCGGAGGGACACAAGGUCUCAUUCCCUCCAUCAUGGAAUGGAGGUUACGUUAGUAAUCGAGACGUUCCCCGUCUGUCACUCACUCGACAUUGUAUCGUUGAGUUGACACUAGGGGUCCCCAUGGAAAACGCCACAAGAGCUGAACCGAGUUACCUAGACUGGCGGAGCGAGACGGGCAGACCUCUGUGUGCCUCGUAGCCAGCGCAGCAAGCCGUCGCAUAACUACCCCCAACACACUGGACCCAGGGGAACGGCUAACUGCUCAGAAAUAUAAGCCACCUAAGUCUACCGCGUCCCGUCCAAGGGCCAGACAUGGAGAUUCCAGAGGUCUGGUCGCGGGUGCCAGAUGGUGCCCUGUCCCUGAGAAAGAAGGUCCUUCCUCAGGGGAAUUCACCGGUGGGGGCUGUCGCGAGGAGCGUGAGGUCCGAGAACCAAAUCCGGGAGGGCCAAUAAGGGGCCACUAAGAGGACCUGCUCCCCAUCCUCCCUGACUAUGCCCAACAUCUGUGCAAGUAGGCUCACUGGGGGAAACGCAUACUUGCGGAGCCCCGGGGGCCAGCUAUGUACCAAGGCAUCUGUGCCGAGGGGAGCCUCGGUCAGACAGUACCAUAGUGGGCAAUGGGAGGAUUCUGGGGAAGCGAACAGGACUACCUGCGCUUGGCCGAAUCGACUCCAGAUCAGCUGAACCACCUGGGGGUGGAGCCUCCACUCUCCCCUGGAUGUAACCUGCCAUGACAGCGCAUCUGCUGUGCUGUUGAAUUAGCCUGGGAUGUGAGUGGCUCGCAGCGACUUGAGUCUGUGCUGACUCCAAAGGAGGAGACGGCAGGCGAGUUGUGACAUGUUGCAAGAGCGUAGACCAUGUUGUCCGUCCGGAGCAACACGUGCUUGCCCCGGAUCAAUGGCAAAAGCCUCCUCAGGGCAAGUAGUACUGCCAUUAACUCGAGGCAGUUGAUGUGCCAAUGCAGUUGCAGGCCAGUUCAAGGGCCGGCGACUGAGUACCCGCUGCAUACGGCGCCCCAGCCCCAUUGGGAGGCAUCUGUCAUAACCACGACAUGCCUGGAGACCUGGCCUAGGGGAACUCCUGCCCAUAAGAACGCUAGGUCUGACCAGGGGCUGAGAGAGCGGCAACAAGCCUGCGUGACCAGGACGGGGUGUGUGCCGUGGUGUCAUGCUCGUCUCUCGACUCGGGUCUGUAGCCAGUGCUGGAGUGGUCUCAUAUGCAUCAACCCAAGCGGUGUGACCGUCACUGAGGAUGCCAUAUGCCCCAGGAGCCUCUAAAAGGAUUUCAGUGGGACCAACAUGUUCCGUCUGAAUGUAUGCUGACAGCUCAGCACUGACUGUGCGCGCUCGCUGGUGAGAUGCGCCAUCAUUGAGACUGAGUCCAACUCCACACCAAGAAAAGAGAUGCUCUGAACUGGGACGGGCUUGCUCUUUUCCCAGUUGACCUGAAGCCCCAAGCGGCUGAGGUGCCUGAGCACCAGGUCCCUGUGAGCACACAACAUGUCUCGCGAGUGAGCUAAGAUUAGCCAGUCGUCGAGAUAGUUGAGGAUGGGGGCGUGAGCUCCUCAUGCACCUCCGGGAAGAAAGGAACAGGGGUGGAGCGCGGCCUUGAGCGGUGCUCCGGCCCCAGUAACCAAUCGUCAAGCUGCGAGGUUUCGGGGGGAGGCGGAGGAUUCCAUCCCAACCCGACACUCGUGGCUGCCCGGGCAAGCAUGGCUGUCAGCUCCACAUCAACCUGUGACUGAGCCGCCGCACCCGAGGGUGGGAGUCCAGCCGAGUCCUCAGCGUCAGACAUGACGUACCCGCUCUCCGAUGCCGCGAUCGAGAUCUCAUCAUUGUCAGGCGCUCCGAAUGAAUUGUCAGGCGCCCGCUGUGAAACGAACCGGCAACCCCGCUCCAGCACUCGGUUGGAGCAUACGAGCGUGACGGGGAGUGGGAGGUCCGUGGGGUUAUACCCGGUGGAGAGGCUCCCACUGAGGUCCUUACGAGGGCAAGCCAUGACCGCAACGUAGCCAUGGUCAUGCCCUCACAGUGAGGACAUGAACAUCCACAAACGCUGACUCCGCGUGGGUAGCACCCAGCAUGGGUAUGCUCAGCACAACGCAGUGUGCAAAGGGGAGAACCACUGGAAAGCGCCAUAGAACCAACAGCUUUGUAGAGAUGAUGAAGAUGGCAGAGGAAUUCAGCUCUGUGACUGCUCUCCUGGCUCCGAAGAAGAAAUCUGAUGUGGAGGAGCAGCGUCACUCCUUUUAUACCUGUAUGUCCGGGAGAGUGGCAUGCAAAUUCCACCAUCCAAUUCUCAUUGGCCUUUUCUCAAGAUCAGAGAUGUCUGGGCUCCGCAGGAGCGACCCCUAGUGUCAACUCAUCGACACAAUGUCGAGUGAGUGACAGACGGGGAAUGUAUGUUAAAAUCGAUGGUUAAUUUUUGUAUGGUUUUGUGACACAAUUUUACACCAAUAUUGCAGUCUUUUUUAUAGUACACCUGACCAUACAGUGUGUUGACAUUAUA